CAGAUUGGUUGCUUGAAGUUUCUGUACCUCAUAUUUAUAUACACACCUCAUAUUUUGGUUUCUCAUAAAGACAAGUGGGUAUUUUUGGUCAAUCAUGAACAUGAAAUCCCAUGUAUAUUAGACUAGCAUUUAAUGAAUUACCAUUAAAGGAAUAUUCCAUAUUGAUUCAAACAGCCACUCCUGGCAAUGAAAAGGGUGGGCAACUCAAAAUAAAAUGCAUACAGACUAUAUAUAAUUGAGGAAUCUGAGAGAAGUGAGACAGCUGGUUUAUUACUUGGUAUGUUAUCAUUUGUGUAAUCUAAAAAUAAGUAGGGCUGGCCUUUCACUGGUAUACGUUUCUGAGAAAGCAAGUUCCCAAAAGUAAAAAGCUCUGAUGGAGCUAUCAAGGCCAUACAUUCAUGACUUCGCAGAUAACAAUCCAAAGAUCUUACUGUAAUGAUAACAGUUUGUGUUAACGAAAAUCUGCUGACUUUUUACAUCAGCAAGUAAAUAUGUUCACUUUUAUUUCACACGCACACCUCUGUUGAUGGAGGCUGUACUUCAGAUUGAGUGCCCACCCAGAAAAUGAAACAUGCUAUAGAGGGAGUAGCAGCAGCCAGACUCAACUGCUCCUCAUGUGCAACUCACUAUUCUUACCCAGUGAUGCUUUCAGUGAGCAGACUGAUAAUAGGACAGGAGAGGAGUGUACGGGGUCAAUUGGAAACAGCUUCAAUGUAACAGGAACAGGAAGUGGUGAACAGAGUGAGCUACCCGGUAAAACAUGAGCCUUGUCUGUUCCUCUCUCUUGACACUGCUUGUACAUCAUCUCAGCCUUUCCAAAUAUAGAUUAAUCAGGCUUUGCCAUGUAUUUAACUUAAAUCUGGAGGGAGUAUCUUCAGCCCCGUCCUGCCUUGCACCUGUUUGAUUAUUUGAAGGCGAAAUGACACAAAACCGUGCUGCUGGGACUGCUAAUGGUACCACAAAAAAGGGAGAGGAACUUAAAAUUGUGAUAGUGGGAGAUGGAGGCUGCGGGAAAACAUCUCUUCUGAUGGUUUAUGCUAAAGGUGACUUUCCAGAGAAAUAUGCGCCAUCAGUGUUCGAAAAAUAUGUCACCACUAUCUCUCUUGGAGGAAAAGAGAUAAAGCUCAACCUGUAUGACACAGCUGGACAGGAUGACUAUGACAGACUGCGUCCGCUUUCAUACCAAGACGCCGAUCUGAUUUUAGUCUGCUUUGAUGUGACCAACCCCACCAGCUAUGAGAAUGUCAUGAUAAAGUGGCACCCAGAGGUGAAGCACUUCUGUCGGGACACUCCGGUCAUCCUGAUUGGCUGCAAGACUGACCUAAGGAAGGAUAAAGAGUGUGCAAGGAAGCUCAAGGCCAUGAAUCAGGCUCCCAUCACAUACACACAGGGUGAAGAGACACGGCAGCAGAUGAAUGCAGAGCUCUACCUCGAAUGUUCGGCGAAGUAUCAGGAGAACGUGGAAGACAUUUUCAGGGAGACCACCAUAAGAACUUUGGCCUUCAAUCGAAAACAAAGGAAACACAAGAGGAAGAAGAAAUGUGUCAUUUUGUGAAGUCAAAACAACAGUUUUUUGAGGACUCCACAGGCUAGAUUUUUUUGAAAACCACUCAUUCACAUUGAAAGUGGUUGGACAUUCGGAGACUAAAGAUGCUUGGUGUCAUAGACAGAUGUGGAAACAGUUGUAUGACCACUGGUUCAGACAUAAGUCUGGGCCUCACUGAAUCAUCAGCCCUUUACUGAAGAAAAUUACAUAACAGGAAAGACAAUUUUGGAAGAAGAGACAGAGUGGUAUGCUACUUGAAAAGCCGUCUGUGAAUAUAUUUUUACUUUUCUAUGAAACAUAUUUUAGUAUUUUUAUAUAUUUUUCUGAUUUUUUUUUAUUGAACUGUAUAGCCAUCUGUUGAAGGAAUUUGAACAGUUAGUUCUUGUGUUGUCAGAUUUUUCCAGAGGUUUUGUAAUGCCAAUCGAUUUCAAAUGUCUGAAUCUUGUUUAAAAGCUGCUGGUAGGUAACAAAUUCCCAGACAGAAUAGCUGGUGUAAAUCAAUGUAUCAUGGUACAGUAGUUUUAACAGCCUUGAAAGAA